UGCUCCUCAUUUCAAUCUAGACAAUGUACAGAGUAGACCGCUUGAGUGUGUGAUGUGUUUAACACUUAACAAGUAAGGGAAUGCAUUUCGUAAAACUUUUUUGGACACUAUCCCGAGCAAUGAACAUGUAUUGCCAUUUUCAGAUAUCAAAUCCAGCUGCCAAAAUUUUGUCAUCCCCUUCUGACUAGGGUCCUCACGGGGAUCUAAGGUUGGGAAGCAUGAGAUGAGGUCCGCGCCGCGAUGACGACAGGUUUCCAAAGCUAGCGAGCUGCGAAUGGGUAAAUUGGUAUGCUAUAUUGGAAAGCCGUGAACGAAGUGCAAAGGGAACGGAGAAUGCCUGUUGCUCCAAAGGAAAUCCUUCCCCGAGCUGCUCCCGAAUGGGAUGGAAGGAUAACAGCCAGUCACACACCACGGUCGGUGCGGUCGGUUUUACGGUGCCAUAUAGGUCCACAGCAUCACGCCGCGGGUUCAGUAGUUCUCGGGAAGUCGGACGGAUCGGUCGCAAAAGCCUCGAAGGCUUCUUCGGAAUAACUCAACUACACUACAGUGUGGUGAUAACUGUUCUGUUGGAAUUUGGUGGUUUUUCCAAAAAUCUAGGCAGUGAUAUUCAUAAGGAUAAGGAUACCGUGACAACUGCGUGAUUGCUAGCUGGGUGUCCAAAUAAAGUCAGAAACCGAUUUGAGCGGAAAAGAAUCGAUAACCGAUACCGAACCGGCGACCUAUACCAAAUAUGGACAGCCGGGAGUUUCGCCGCCGCGGCACCGAAAUGGUCGAGUACAUCUGCAACUAUCUGGAAACGUUGGAGCAGCGCCGGGUGACGCCCAGCGUCGAGCCGGGCUAUCUCUGGCAUCUGCUGCCCGGUGAAGCUCCGGAGGACCCGGAACCCUGGGAGAAGAUCAUGGAGGACGUCGAGAGCAAAAUCAUGCCCGGGGUGACACACUGGCAGCAUCCGCGGUUUCACGCGUACUUCCCGUCGGGCAAUUCGUUUCCGUCGAUUCUGGGCGAUAUGCUGAGCGAUGGCAUCGGGUGCAUCGGGUUCUCGUGGGCUGCCAGUCCGGCGUGCACCGAGCUGGAGACGAUCGUGCUCGAUUGGUUGGGCAAAGCAAUCGGUCUGCCGGAUCACUUUCUGGCGCUGAAGCCGGGCAGCAAAGGAGGCGGUGUCAUUCAGACAUCUGCUUCGGAGUGCAUCCUGGUGACGAUGCUGGCCGCCCGAGCCCAGGCCAUCAAAUAUCUCAAGCAACAGCACCCCUUCGUCGAGGAGGGCCAUCUGCUGUCCAAGCUGAUGGCCUACUGCUCCAAGGAGGCCCAUAGCUGCGUGGAGAAGGCCGCUAUGAUUUGUUUCGUGAAAUUACGCAUUCUGGAACCGGAUGAGCAUUGCUCCCUGCGGGCCGAUACGCUGGUUCAGGCCAUGGAGGAGGAUGAACAGCAGGGCCUGAUUCCAUUCUACGUAUCGACUACCUUGGGCACUACGGGAUCCUGUGCUUUCGAUAACAUCAAUGAAAUUGGAGAAGCUCUACAGCGGUUUCCGAGCGUCUGGUUGCACGUGGAUGCCGCUUACGCUGGCAAUUCGUUCAUCUGCCCGGAACUGAAGUAUUUGCUGAAGGGUAUCGAUUACGCCGAUUCGUUCAACACCAACCCGAACAAAUGGCUACUAACGAACUUUGACUGUUCGACGUUGUGGGUUCGUGAUAGAAUUCGGCUGACUUCGGCUUUAGUGGUUGAUCCCCUCUAUCUGAAGCAUGGUUAUUCGGACUCAGCCAUCGAUUACCGUCACUGGGGCGUGCCGCUGAGUCGCCGGUUCCGGUCGCUGAAGCUGUGGUUCGUUCUGCGAAGCUAUGGGAUCUCCGGACUGCAGAACUACAUCCGGCAUCACAUCGACCUGGCGAAACGGUUCGAGCGGUUGGUCCUGAAGGACAGCCGCUUCGAAGUGUGCAACGACGUCAAACUGGGACUGGUGUGCUUCCGGCUGAAGGGGUCCGAUCGGAUCAACGAGAAGCUACUGAGCAGUAUCAACGCAUCGGGGAAGAUUCAUAUGGUACCGGCUUCGGUCAACGAGCGCUAUGUUAUUCGGUUCUGCGCCACGGCGCAGAAUGCUAUGGUGGAGGAUAUCGAUUUUGCUUGGGAUGUGAUCACCGACUUCGCGUCGGAAAUCCUCGAGAAGGAACAAGCCGACGAGGUAACGGAGAUCGUGGAUCGCCGCAAGACCCAUACCCUGGCCCAGAAACGAUCGUUCUUCGUGCGCAUGGUGAGCGAUCCCAAGAUCUACAACCCAGCCAUCAACAAGGCGCAAACCCCGCGAAUUUCAACGGACACCACAUCCCCGUCCACCGAUGGAACGGUAGUAACCGUUCAAUCGCCGAAAACUCCCGGAUCGGCUUCUUGGAUCAGUUGGCCCCUGGCAUUCCUGUUCACAAACUCUGACGAUGGGCCCAAAAAUGACAUGCCCCUGAGAUUCCGCCAUCUGGACACCAUGGUACGGUUGACCGCUUCGCGUCGCAACUCGGCUACCGGAGGGGGAUCGUCACCGUCGCCCGAGGGCGAAAACGGCAUUGUUCUGGCCAGGUCCCCCAAGCGAUCGCCGAUCAUGGUACGGAGACGAGGCGCAUCACCGAGCAAGCAAUCUAGCGACAGGAAUGGACCGACCAACAAGUAAAUGCGGGGAUCCAGUAGAAAAUGACGAUUCCACCGCAAUACCAAUCUACUCAAGACUAAAUGUGAAUGAUCGCCACCCGUAUCUUCCACGAUCGAAAGGGGAGCACGUGUUAUACACUGAGAGGAAUAAAAAUAGCACCAUCCUGUUUUGUCUAAUUCAAUCGGAUGUGAACUAAAAGUACAUUGGUUAAUCCAAAAGUUUUAAUAAAAUAUCAGUAUGAAAGUUGAUGCUAUUUUUAUUUCGUUCAGUGAUUAGGGGCAUAAUGGACACCUUAACUCUCAGGCGACGGUGCUUAAAAUUAGCGUUACACUAAUUUUCCAAGCAUCAUAUCUUCUUCGUUUUAUACCUAAAUGUAAAAAUUUUUGUAUUGCCGAAAACCUUGGGGCCUCAGCUUUCAUAA